UGAAGAAAUGUGGAGAGCGGGGCUUGAUACGAAAGGGAUUUCAACUGGUGGGGAUGAUGAUGAUGACUGGGAAACUGAUCCAGACUUUGUGGUGAGUCUUUAAACGGAUGAUUUGUUCCGUAGUGUUAGAUUGUAUUAAAGCACUUUCAGAAUCAAAUGGAUCAUCAUUCAGCUAAUGGGUGUGCAAGUAAUUUAGGUUGGUCUGCGAAUAAUUAUGAAAAUUUACUUUUGCCCGGUUUUUGAUCUUCUCAAGAAUUGAGAAAGGUAAAUACCGUAAUGAUGAACUACUUCGGCUCUUGGCCCUCGCUGCUUUUAUUAUACUUAUUAACAUGAUACAGAGAAGCCUGUUAAAUUAAUAUGUAUUAUGUUUUUACAAAAUGUUGGGAAAAAUGCUGCUUAAAACUAUCAAUGUCAUUUUCAUACUUCAAGUAUUUAUUGUUAGAACCCUGCAAAUUGACUGCAAAGUUAAUCUCAGAGUGAAAAUAAUAAUUAUUUAAUUAAUUUUUAACUUAAGGAAUGAAUUGGUAAUAAUUUAGUUAAGGCUAAUGAUUCAAUAAUCCGGUGAUUAAUGGGAAUCAGGAUUCAAAGAAAGUCAGUUUUACAGCUUGCCAUUCUAGCAGCUUGCCAUUCGGGCAAGCUGUACAUGUACCUAGCAUGACCAGCCCAAAAUCAUUUCGACUAGCCUCUCCCAAAAUGUUUGAUGAGCAUUGAUUGCAGUUCUUCUGUAAUUUGAAUACCUGAAAAAGCUUCACUUGCUCAUUGGGCAAGUUAAGAACAGUGGAUUCACUAGCCUAAUAACAAAAUCCACUAGCCCCAGGCUAUAGGACACUACUUUCUUUGCAUGUUACGGUAUACUUGCUGUAGCCAGUAAAUUUUGUGACUUAUGAAACAAAUAACAUUGAGCUAAUUGUAUGAUGCAAAGAAUAGUAUAACAUGAUUUUCAUUGCACAUAAGGGAUUGGGAAAGGUGACUGAAAGGUUUUUCAGUUCUGGAUCAUUUUUCCCUGUUCUUAAAAAAUAAAUUGGAAGUGUCAGUUAAAGCCUUGUUUGUGCCUUGGUUGUGUGUGUGUGUUUUUCAUCUCAUCUUGCAUCAAAUUCUCAGAUGUUUAACCCUUUUGCCGCUGAAGCUCACAAAACUGUCCAUGUAGAUCCUAGUCCUUUUUACCACUUGUGGCAUCAUCAGUUUGAACAGUCAAGGACAGCUUUGUCCGCUUACAUGUGCAACGUGAAGAGAUCUUUCAAACCAUACCAAAAUGAGCACGAUUCAGUCAAGGACACUGGCAAAAAAGGCAAAAAACCACGUAACAUUGACCUGAAAAUUUCCAUGAAAAUCUUGUUCCACUAGAACCCACCUGCGUUUUAUUUCAUCUAACCCUAAGAUCCUAAAAGCUUUCCCAAAAACAUUUCCCACCAUUAAUGAAGCCUACUAAAUGCCCAGCCAAAGAAAAAAAAGUAAGGCAAGAAAAGUGAAAGAAGAGGAGAGGAGAGGAGAGAAAGCGAAAAGUAAAGGUCAAUACUGCUGUGUGCACUUUUAAACCCAAUCUCAAAAUUUUGCUUUCUGUGCAUAGCUGAACUUCGCAAGUUAAUAUUUUUGCAUCUGGACCAAAAGGCCGCAAAGUUUAUGACCCGUGAACGGUUUUGUGGUAAGUUUUAGUUCUUUUUAGCAAGACAGUGACCAGAAAAUCGCUCAACAAGCUUUAAUCUCAUUUUUAUGCUAGAUUUCCAGGGGCAAAAGGGGUUAAACAAGAAGUGUCUUGGUUUGGUGAGUCGUGGAAAUAUCUUCUUGCACCAUGAAGGACAGAAAUAGUUUUUACCCCGCUGAUGCCUUAUAAGUGGUUUAUAGAGAAACUUACAUGUGCAGUAUAGUUGGAUAAAAUACCACCAGAUUGGUACCCUGGGUACCAGAGGUUUUUCUCGCGUGCGGCGGGAAUUUUCGGUGUUGGCUGAAGGCCGACACAUUUUUGGCCGGAGGCCGAAGCCACGAGUGGUGAAGCCGCGAGAAAAACCUCUGGCACAGAGCGGUGCUUUUUACCGUCCCCGUUGACCUUUGAGCUUUUUUAUCGGAUUACAUUUACGCCAAUCAGAUUGAAAGUCUCCAACUGUGAUCAUGUGAGCCGGCACGUGAAGAAAUGUCUAAAGACCCACAUUAUCCUUAGCAAAACAAGUUCAAGUUUAAAAUUCAUUGCUUUAAGAGCAAUCAUGACUGGGUCACAUCGCAGUUCUCCAUAGAUGAUGUAGCUUCAGUUUAAGUUGCAAUCCAUUCUUCGAGAUUUGGAUUUAAAAAUCACUGUCCAUGAGAAUUUAACAUCCUGCUUAAAACGCUAACGAGCUGGGUCCAGCGUGACAAAACAUUGCAGGAAACCGUCACUUUCACGGACAGAAAGAAAAUCGCUUAUAAUUAUUCAGAUCCAGGAGGCACCUUGGAGAAAUUAAACAACCUAAAACCCUUAUUUAGCCACACUGAAGAGCUUAACAUUUCAAAACAGGUCAAAGAAAAUGCUCUUCCUAAUCCAUCAAUACAAACUAUUUCAAAACAUGUUGUAAUCGUUUGAAAUAGGAAAUUAGUAAAGCUUAAACCAUAUUGCUACAAAAGCUGAAUUGGUGAUGAAAGGUUUAAAUACUCUACUUGUUUGCUCAUAGCUUUUAACUUGUCCUUCUAGUACAUUGCUUAUCAUGCUCUUUCAAAGCUUUCCAAAGCCGUCAUCACAACACUUCUCGUGAGUACAACAACAGCAAAGUUGGAAAUAUUCUUUCACGUGCCGGUCUAUUCUUGGCAACCAAUUGUAGCGUCUGUUAGAUUCAAAGUCCCUCAGGUGGUCAUUAGGAGCCAAUCAGCCGUCUUGUCCAAAAUCUGGACCAACUGAUUUAACCAUGCUAACGAUUGGAUCGGCCCCAUCAAAGCAAUAGCGCUCUGCUCCAGAGACUUUUCACAUGGGUCAGUAUAAAGACUUGACCGAAACUGGAAACCGCGCUAGAAAAGUCUCUGGCACCCAGGGUACCAGAUUAGAGAUUUUCUUUUUUGCAGUGACACAAUAUGAGUCUUUUCAUCUGCUUUUUAUUCAUUUAUUUAUUCAUAAACUUCGCCAAGAGGCCUGGAUCACUCACAGAGCAAGCUCCACUACGAGGUCCAGAGCCAUGCAUGUUUUGCGAAGAAAGCUUAGCAAAGAUGAAAUUUAGAGCUUUUCCGGAACGGAUCGGUCCAUGAAUUCUAUAGCAUGAAAGCGUUGAUUACUUUGGAAUAAGUGGACACUUCAGUGGUCGGAAAAAAAAAGAAGAAGAAUCUUAAUUAGCAAAACUUCAAGUGUUGUUCGCAAAGGAGUCUUGUGAUGAGCAUGUGGUUUAUUUUCGGCGAUGACUGAAAUGACGCGCCGUGUUCUUAUCACAUUUUUUAUCUCUGGCAAUGAUGUGAUUUCUCUUGAAUUGAGGCCCUUGAAUUUUCGUCUAAUAAUAUUAUUAUACACGCGUAUAGCCUGUGUAUGGCCUCCAGCCAUUGCCAACACACGUACUAAAUCAAUUCAGAAACAAAUCAUCAAAUACAAUAUAAAAAGUACCGUGGAUAAAUUUAAUGAGGAAGUGAAAAACCUUUAGCGAGUAAAUUAAUUAGCCUGCGAAAACAGUUGUUUCUCCUCUCUCUUCGCCGGUUGCGAAACGUCCCCAGCAGCAAAGAGUGAGGAUAAACGACUGUUUUCACAAGCUAAGAAUUAAUCACCUCCUCGUUUCUUAUCUAGUCUCCAAGCAAGCGAGACUAAACACUGAUUUGAAGAGCGUUCUUGCUUCUUGUAGAAUGAUGUGUCUGAACAAGAACAAAGAUGGGGAGCAAAGACAGUGGAGGGAUCUGGACACCAGGAGUCUAUAAGGUGAGUGUUAAGUGUUAAGCCUUACAUUUUACUACCCAAUACCUGUAACAUAAAGUUAAGUUCAUAUUAUACUUGACUCCGGAUAACGCGAACCCUCGCUAACUCAAACCAAAAUCCUUAGAUUUCCCCUGGAUUUACGUCAUACUUCUACUGUAAUUUUACCCUCGGUAACUCGAACCUUCAAAAACUCGAGCCUCCGCUAACUCGAAGUAUUUUCUCUUCCCCUUCAGAUCAUUUCUAUGUAGUUUUACCCUUGACAACUCAAACUACAUUUAUGUUUUAAGAGCAUGACAAGUCCAAAAAAAGGAGUAACAAUGUUGUGUACUCCGAAACAUCAUGAAAACAAUGAAUUUAUUUCAAAACGACCAUGUAUUCUUUGUCUUUGCUUCUUUGUUAGUCCAGUUCAAAUACAAUGUUCAGCCCUGUUGUUUGUUAUUUUUGCCAUUUGCUUAUUUCCUUAUUUUCGGUUAUUUACUUCAAGCUCUUGAUAACUUGAACUCCCAAUAAUUCUAAAUGUUUUUCAUUUCCCAAGAAGGUUUGAGUUAUCGGGAGUGGACUGUACAUGUAUGAGUCAUCAAGUGUCAUGAGAAACUCUGUUUGCCAACCCAGUACCAUAAUGACUGUAUAUGGACCUUUCCAUCAGGGAUAGUCAGUGAUUAUUACACAUAUUAUUUUUGUUCCAGUAUAAAGGAUCUGCGACAAGGUGUCACUACAGACCAUGCAAAACUGAAACAUGGUAAGUUUACAUCAUGAAAGAUUUUAAUCAUUGUGGAUAAAGUAUAUAAAGGAUUUAGUUUGUUGUGUGUCUCACAAUUGUCACUUUGACAUUAUUGACUGCGAUGUUUUGACCAAAUACCACAGGUCUUCAUCAGGCAAUAGUGUGGAUUUACUGAGUCAGACUACAGUCAAACCUCAGUAAACAGCCCUGGAUGUAGUGGUCACCCUGUAUAUUACGGUCACUGGACAACUUCCCAAAAUUUUCAGUUGCCCUAUAUUUUCUGCAAAGUUGACCUGAAUGUAGCAGUCACCCUGUAUAUAUCAGUCACCUUGCCAUUUCUCAAGUGACCAUUGUACACAGGUUUGACUGUAUUUGUACCACUGUCGUUGUUAGUGAUUGGUGUAUCACGAACCUUGCUCAUGGUUGGUGGGUUUCGAUCCAAAGCAUUGUUGGUAUUGUCAGAGGAGGAAACUGAUCCCUCAGAGGUCCACUGUGUUAGUGAUUGGCUGUUACAUGUAUGUAAUUGGCAUGUUCAGAAAUGGCCGAAGUUCGAGUUUGUGAAAGCCGUAUAUCCCUAUCAUGCUCCUUAAUCUGUUCAUGCAUGCACCUUCCUGUUUCGCCAAUGUAUACUAUCACCUGAUGAGGACCUGCAGUAUGCGGUCAAAACAUCUUGAUCAAUAUCAAAGUGACUAUCAUGAGACAAACAAUAAACUAAACCCUUUAUGGUAAGUUUAAUGAGACAUUCAGCCUGGCAGAUAUUUUCUGCUCUUUCUUAUGAUUGAGAAAAUAAAAUAUCCUCAGGGGCAAGAUAUUCUCAUGUAUUAAUGUGAAUUAGUUGCUGUUUAUCAGUAAAAAAAUACUAAAUCUUCCACACAUAAUGGUAUAGAGGAGAUAAUAAUAUUACAUUCUUGUUGCUGAAUUAUUCAAAUACAGUACAUGUAAUAUAACACAGAAACAAAUAGCAAUUUUCUUACCACAAAACUAGCACCAUAUGGUCGUUAGAGCCUCUUGUAAAUAACCACCUCAGAAACAAAUUGAGCACCAUUAGGGCCCCCUGGGAAGGCUAUCAACUUAUUGAUUGUGAAAGGUGACUUGUUUGGCAGGAAGAAAAUUAACUAAUUUAGGGUCUUCAUCAAUAGUCCAUCUUUUUGUGCUAAUCGAUCUUCUUUUAUUUCAGAGGAACAGGAGAGUGGGUAUCCUUUGGAAUCUUUUCAGGCUUAACACCAACAUUGAUUUCUAAUAGACCAAUUAUUUUGAAAUUAAAAUGAUUAAAUACGUGUACUUGGCUUCGCGGCUCAUGAAACAAAACAAAUCAUCUUGAGGGUCAGCAGUGAAAAAUGCAUUUAUUUUGUCUUACUUUAUUAUAGAAAAUGAAUGCUCCAUGAAAAUUUAAAAGGUAUUGGAAAUUAACGUGACUUACAUUGAUGCAAAUUUAGUGGGAAAGAGAGGGUAACAUUUCGAAAUGAAGAAAUCAAUGCGAUGUUUACAAAGAAACAAAUCUAGUUUAAAAGAUAACAGGAACCAAGUUCAAUGCACAAUCCAAAAUGGAAACUUUGUUCAUGGUACUUUCCCUAAAAUUAAUGUACAAAGGGGGUCGAGUGAAGAAAUCUUUGCACUUUGAAGUUUCUUCACAGCGGUUUCACUGUUACUGGCGGAUCUCCACCUGAUCAGAUGCCCCUCUUUCGUAGGUGUCAAGAAUGUCAGAAGUGGCCGAAGAUUUGGGGCCAAAAUAGUAGAAAUUAUUAUUAAGGUUGUGGAAAUUAACGGUCCACUUUAAAUAAUUAAUGGUGCGGAAUGAGCAUUCACAAAAAUAAACACAACUUAAAGUACCAGUAAUGCAAAUUUUUGAAUUAAUUUUAAUUUCGUGAAUUGUGUUAAUUUCAUAUAGUAAGGUACAUGUAAUCCCCCAAGCCUUGGAGCCAAGUAUGGUCAAAUUUAAAUAACAUAUCAAAAUUGGUCUUUUGUCUGGGUCCAAUUUAUUGUUGUUGUGUACUGAAGGUUGAUGAAGGUCUACCGUACAGAAAUGCAAGCAUAUAUUUACAUGUAACAGAGCGACUACUGAGACUGAGAAAAGUGAAUGACGAAAGGUUGGUACAAAUAUGUUAUUCUGAUGAAAAAAGCUGGGGUAAGCAGAAGGCAGAGGGUUGAAAUGGGUUUUGUCAAGUAAACAUUAAAAAGUAAAGGAAUGAGUGUUUUUAUUUUUAGUCCUUAAUUAAUAUUUUAGCCCAAAAGCUUCUUAUGGUUAUGGUGGAAAGUUUGGUGUUCAGAAGGACAGAAUGGACAAGGUAUGUCAAACAUCCAUGUAUUUAUGGUUAUUUUGAUCUCAUCCAGGAUGUUAUUCAGGCUUAACUUAAGAUUCCGGGCCCAUGCUUGACCUGAAUGAGAUCGGAAAUGUUUAAAAUGUUAUAUAAAGACUGGAAAUCAUUAACCCAUGUUAUAUAAAGCAACUGUUAUUAUAUGAACAAUAAAUGAAGUAGUAAUAAUAUUUUUUUUUCAGAAUGUAGUAGGAUGGGAAUAUGAAGGAAAGGUCGACAAACAUGCUUCACAAAAAGGUACAAGUUCUCAAAUAAUUAAUGUUUAUAUCUUGCAAGCAUUAAUUAUUGAAGAGGUAUAUGCUACCUGCAAAAAGUCACAUUUUCAAUUGAAUUAGCUUUUAUUUUUUUACAUGUAAGUUAGGAAAGUGAGAAUUUGAUAAUAAUUAUACAGAUUUAGUCAAGGCUAAAAGAAAUUAAUUGAGAAAUUUUCUUUCUCAAGUAAUCUUUUUUUCACAACUUAUGCCGUAACCAGAGAGCAAACUGAAUUCCAUGUUAAAAAAUGGACCUGAGCCCACGAUCAAUUGAAAACCAAAACCUGUUCAGCAGAUACAUGUAACUUAAUACCUGAACUUGUGAUAUAGUGGUGUGUGUACGGAUGUACAAUACGUAUGUGUACGUGUGUGUAUGGUGUAUGGAUGUACAAUACCAGUUUAAACAGAUAGAAUAUGCCUCGGACUCCUAGCUGGCUUGUAGUAAGUGUGCCAUUUCACAUCUGCUAACAUGAAGGGGUGGAUGUACAGACAAUUUUGUCAGAACCAGAAUUUCCCAGAUUCAUAGACAACCAAAUUUCUUACCCAUGGUGCUCUGCUGUACGCGUGAGAGCUCCGCUAUUAUUAAUAAGCCUUAGGGCCUUUAUUAUUCAAAUCACUUCUUCAAAAUUUUAUCAACUUUUUGGUGAAUUACCAUUAUAUGUUUGAAUAUUGCUGAUAAUCAAACUAGUUUCAUUCAAAAGUAACAAAAAUGAAAGUGGGAGUUGUCACAAAGGUCUGGGGGCAGGGGAUUUCCACCUGCUACUAUGAGCGUGUCACCUGGCUACUAUGAGCAUGUUCCCUGGCUAAUUCUUUCUUGGGGUACAAAAGGAAAUAGAAACUCCUAACUUUUCAGUCUUUGACCCAAAAUUAAUUGUAACUGAUUACAUACCCAGUAACUUGAAAUCUUGAGUGCAAUCCUUCUUUUAGUUAGUUUUAUAUUUUUUUUUACAUGUCUUUUGGUAUUUUCCAUAUUAUUUUUGUUAAAAUACCUCGUUCUGUUGUGUGACAGAUUAUUCAACUGGUUUUGGUGGCAAAUAUGGAGUGCAAAAGGAUAGGGUUGAUCAGGCAAGUACACUGUUGACCCAGCAGAGGUCAGCUGAACUCUCACACAAGUUUUAAGAAUAAUUUUAUACAACAUGAACUGGUACAGAGAAUUCAGACUUGUUCUUAACCCAUUCGCUCCUGGAGAUUUUGCCGAAAAACGCGUUUUGAAGCUAGUCGAGCGGUUUUCUGGUCACCGUCGUGCUAUAAAGGGCUAAAACUUACCACAAACCGGUUUACAGGUCGUACACUUGGCGGCCUUCUGAUCCAGAUGCAAAACAUCAGCUUGCGAAGUUCGGGCAUGCGCAGAAAGCAAAAUUUCGAGAUAGUUUUUGGGUUUAAAAGUGACACAGCAGUCUUGACUUUUACUUUUCGCUUUUUCUCCUCCCUUCUUUUUUCGCUUUUCUUGCCUCAUUUUUUUUUCUCUUGCUGGGCAUUUAGUAGGCUUCAUUUUGGUGGGAAGAGUUUUUAGGAAAGCUUUUAGGAUCUUAGGAUUAGGUGAAAGGAAAGGUAGGUGGGCAAUGGAACAAGAUUUUCAUGGAGAUUUUCAGGUCAAUGUCACGUGGUUUUUUGCUUCUUUCUCCGGUGUCCUUGACUGAAUUGUGCUCAUUCUGGUAUGGUUUGAAAGAUCUCUUCACUCUACACAAGUUAGCGAAGAAAGUUGUCCUUGACCGUUAAAACUGAUGGCGUCACAAAGGGUAGAAAGGACCUGGAUCGGCACGGGCGGUUCAGGGGCGAAUGGGUUAAUCAAAAAACCUAAAAAUGGCCUUUUACCAACUUCUUCGCCUGAUUUUACAUGAAAUAGACAGAUUUGGUUGUUUUAUGCUGAAAAGUGGAUUUUUUUUCAAAAAGCUUGGCACUUUGCUUAAAACAGGUGUCACUAUGUUUUUGUAGUGUUUUUAUUUUUUUGUGCCAGGUUAAUAACUACAAAAGGCGGGCUUUGUACUUAUUAAUCGUAAAGAGCGGUACUCUGUAGUUAUUAAUCGUAAAGGGCGUCAUUUACGAUUAAUAAUUAUGUCAAACAUAGUUAAUAAUCGUGAAAUUCACGAUUAAUAACUACGUUUGACAGGCUUCGUAGUUAAUAAUCGUGAAAUUUACGAUUAUUAACUAUGUUUGGCACGCUUUGUACUUAUUAAUCGUAAGGUUGUCAAUUUCUCCAGUAAAGCUAACUCAAAAGCUAACGGCCGCCAUUACAGAAAAGAAAACAAACUCAAAGUCUUUUUUUCAAGGUCGCUGUUUUCACAAAAAUACAUUGCAGAAAACUUUUUGAGAGGUCAAAGUUUCCAUUCAGCUUCUUUUUUGAUCGAUUUUUUGUCUAAGAAAGCUAGUUUCUUUCGCUCUAUUUUUGCGAUAGACUAACAUCGCGAUAGGGCGGACUCGGUGAGUUUGUUGUGCACGAAAUUAUGAUAACCGAUAUAACAAGUGAAAUGUUAAUCCACGUUUUUCAGUUUAAAUUACUCUUCCUUUGAAUUUUAACUUGGAGAGAGACAUCUUAAUCCUUCCCACAUGUAACAACAAUGAAUUAGUGCAGAAUAACUCUCUUUUUCUUGCUUAAAUCUUUGGCAAUUUGCGUUGUUGGUAAACACUGGCGUGAAUUACACUUGCCGUGAGAAAUUUUAUUAUUAAUGUUGACCACAUUCCUGGACAAAGUAAUGGUUUUCAAUUUUAGUUCAACUCAAAAGCUUUCACUAUAUUUUUAAUGCCAGGGGGACAGCUUUGUUUCUGGAAUUUUUCCUUCCUCACCGAAAGCGGUCCAUAUAUUAUGGCAGGGUUCAAGAAACCUGAAGAAGCAGUCCGUGUUCAGAGCAAUUGCAGCAUCAACAAAUUAUGUGUUGACAUUCAGCCAGAAAAGAGAAAAGCGACCGUGUUCUUUUUUGAAACAAACGGGUGAGAUACCUCUCUAGACUCAAAAUCUGAAAAUAAAUAUCGAUCAGAUUCCUCACGAGCUUGCCUUUUUUUUGUCUGUAAUAACACGAGCGCAAGCGGCAAUUUUAUCUGUCUUUCAUCUCAUGGUAAAAUACUAGCUGAAAGCUUCCAAUUUGAUUGGAAAGAGAACAUUUUCUACAAACUAUAGAGAAAUAUAUUCAACCAGACUGCAUGACGACAAACCAACCCAGUCAUUUGAACCGAAUUAUUAAAGUGCCAUGAUCAGAUCCUGAGAAGAGCUCAUUCACGCAAUUGAAACCUGAGAACACGACUCACAGAGUCAUGGAGAAAAUUACCUUCAGCAUUUUCCAGAACGAAAACUUGAAUUAAAAAAAUAUAUUUUCGAAAAACAGAUUCAUAUUCACGGCCAGACAAAACUGUAAUAAUACGGAUUUCUUAGAAGAGAGCUUUUAUACGCACUGUACUGAGCGUUGAAAAGUUUACUUACUACAGUUUGAAAUUUGAUAGCAUACAGUCUGAUCUGGAAAAAAACACUUUAAUAUUGUCUGUGGGACAAAAAUUCACAUCAUUUUAAGUAAAAUCUGUUCUGUUAUUGUUUAAUAUUUGACUCACUAAACCGUUCAGAAAUGCUUUUAGAAAACAGUACUUGUGCGUUUUGAGAACAACUUUCACUUAUGCAGAAAAAUAUUAUCCCCGGCCGCGUGGCAUGAAAGAUCAAUUUUUUCACUGCCGUUCGUUCGCAAAAAGUGAUUUUCACAAUUAUUAACUAUGUUUGACAUAAUUAUUAAUCGUAAAUGACGUCCUUUAUGAUUAAUAACUACAAAGUACCGCUCUUUACGAUUAAUAAGUACAAAGCCCGCCUUUUGUAGUUAUUAACCUGGCAGAUUUCACUGUAAGAAAAUAAAAACACUACAAAAAAAUAGUGACACCUGUUUUAACCCAUUCGCUCCUGGAGAUUUUGCCGAAAAACGCGUUUUGAAGCUAGUCGAGUGGUUUUCUGGUCCCUGUCGUGCUAUAAAGGGCUAAAACUUACCACAAACCGGUUUACAGGUCGUACACUUAGCGGCCUUCUGAUCCAGAUGCAAAACAUCAGCUUACGAAGUUCGGGCAUGCGCAGAAAGCAAAAUUUCAAGAUAGUUUUUGGGUUUAAAAGUGACACAGCAGUCUUGACUUUUACUUUUCGCUUUUUCUCCUCCCUUCUUUUUUCGCUUUUCUUGCCUCAUUUUUUUUUUCUCUUGCUGGGCAUUUAGUAGGCUUCAUUUUGGUGGGAAGAGUUUUUAGAAAAACUUUUAGGAUCUUAGGAUUAGGUGAAAGGAAAGGUAGGUGGGCAAUGGAACAAGAUUUUCAUGGAGAUUUUCAGGUCAAUGUCACGUGGUUUUUUUGCUUCUUUCUCCGGUGUCCUUGACUGAAUUGUGCUCAUUCUGGUAUGGUUUGAAAGAUCUCUUCACUCUACACAAGUUAGCGAAGAAAGUUGUCCUUGACCGUUAAAACUGAUGACGUCACAAAGGGUAGAAAGGACCUGGAUCGGCACGGGCGGUUACAGGCGGUUCAGGGGCGAAUGGGUUAAAGCAACAAAUAAUAUGAGGAAAUCAUGUGGGAUUUCCAGGAACACAUUUUAUAUAUAGCAAAUAAAUUUAUAAAUUUAUGUGAUUUCUGUAGAGCAGAUUUUGCAUGGAACACUUGCUGAGUAUUAUGCAGUUAGAAAUUGUCAGAAAUUGUGGAUUAUAUUUCCAAGCUACAUGUACUUCCCAGUAGUCAUUUACUUUUUCAUUUUAUGUCUUUUUGAAUAAUUAUUCUUUAUACACUGUACAGGUAGCAGUUGGCUUUGAGUAUGAAGGGAAAACUGAAAAGCAUGAGUCACAAAAAGGUUGGAAAUUUUGUUGUCCUCGUCUUCAAAAUAAUUAUGUAACUUUUCUAACAAUCGUAACUAAAAUGUUGAUCCUCAAUUUAGUCCUAAUGGUUUUUAAACAGGCAGGUUAUGAGGUACAAAACUCAGUCAGGUCACUUCAUUUACAUACUUACCAGACAAUCAUUUCUAUUGUUUUCCCUACAUGUAAAUUUAUUUAGAUGUUAUAAUUCACAAAGGUUUCCCAUCACUGUAAAUGUGUAAAAAAAUAAAUAUUAAAUAAAUGAAAUAACAAUAAAUAAAUAAUAAUCAUGGAAACUUUAUUUGUGUUUUUGAACGUAAAAGUGUAAAUCUUGCUAUGUAUAGGUAAUUUGCAAUUGGCUGCUUGAGAUUGAAUUAUUCCAAAACAAACAAACCAAAAAAAAACACACCAAAAAAGUCAAAAUUGCAUAAAGUCUGGGCUAUCCCAAUUCCUAUUUGUACAACUUAAGAUGUAAUAAAUUAUGUUUCUCUAAUGGCUGUAUUUAUCAUUUUUUUGAUUAUAUAAUGUUGCUGCUCUUUGUCAAAGCCAAUGUCAUUCAUCAUGUCUAAGAACAUGGAGCAUUCGUUGGAGAAAGCAUCAAGGGAGCUCAUGGAGAGAGUCACAAAUUUCACACAUCUGUAAUUUCUACUCAUUUCUCUGAUCAAGUUCUGAUAUUUUUCUUUUUUACACACUGCAUUAUUAAGGGUUGACUUGAAAACAACUGUUAAUUCUAGAACAUAUAGGCACUUUGACUGGAUUAGGUAAAGAAUAAUAAUAAUAACAAUAGUAAUAAAAAUGAUGUAUAAAAUCAAUGAGGGAGAUCAAAAUAAUUAGUAACAGCAGAUUUAAAUGCAUCCACUGAAGGCUGAUCUAAUAAAAAGUAAAGUGUUCCAUUCUUUUAGAGUUCUAGUCAAAAAAAAUGUACUUUUAGGUAUUGCUUUUACUACCAAUCAGAAUGUUUAAAUGAGCCAAUCUGGUCUGAGUUUCGUACCAGCACUUUUUAAACCUUAGGCCCCAGUUGUUCAAAAGCUGGAUAGCGUUAUCCAUCAGCUAAAUCUCUAUCCAGUGGAUUAGUAUUGGGGGAACCAAUUGCACUAUUCAGUAGAUAGAGAUUUAUCUGGUGGAUAGCGCUAUCCACCUUUUGAGCAACUGGGGCCUGGACUUUUUUAUUGCAUGUGAGUUUAACUCUUGGAUUUAUGAGUUCUUUCUUGAAACUCCUGGUAUUGAAUAAUAAGCUUUCUUGAUUCAAUUACCCAUUAUUGAAGUAAUCAAGUUAAAAAGUGAAAAUUUGAAAUUACCUUAUUACCAUUUAAAAGUAUAGCUUAGCUUGAUUAAUUUCUUCUAUCUACAGCUAUGUUAAAAUCAGUGUUAUUUUAUCUUUAUAAAAUAGAACAGUUCCACAGAGAACAAAUUUUUCUAUGUAAUUUGUUCUUUUUGCUUAAUAGUGUUGAUGAAAUGUUCCCUCCACUUUAAACAGACUAUUCAAAAGGCUUUGGUGGUAAAUAUGGAGUUCAGAAGGACAGAGUUGAUCAGGUACAAUUUAUACUGUAUGUAUUAACUCUGUCCUAAUGAUUUAAAGGUAUAUUUGAGUUAUCAAUUACAGUCGACUCUCGUCCUGUGAACACCUGCUAUUACGGACACCCCCCAUAAAACGGACGGUAGCUAAAUCCCUGGAAAAAACAAAUUACAGGUACAGAUGUUUGACUGAAAUAAACUCCUGCUAUUAGGGACUCACACUAAAGAGGACACUAACUUGAGGUCCCUACAGUGCGUGCAAUAAAGGGAGUUGACUAUACUUAAGUAUUGGUAUAAGGUAAGGUGAAGGUAAACGCGUACUCUCGCCAAAGUCCCAAAAUGGCUGAAGCUUAUCCCAGUUUCAUUAGCAUGAAGCACCUAGGAGUAUUGCUGCUCCUCCCUGGACGGGAUGCUUGUUCAUCUCAGGGUUACCCCCCAGCAAUAUGUUGUCGGUACCUAUUUAUAUACCUGGGUGAAUAAUGACAAAGUGGAGUAAAGUUCCUUGUCUAAGGAAACAGUGUGAUAGGCAAGGCUUGAACUGCGGACCUCCAGAUCUGGAGUUCGAGGUGUUAACCACUCAGCCUCUCACGCCUCCACAAGUAUUGAUAUACAGUUGUAUUUAUUCACUUCACAUAUUAAGCAUACAUAUAGUGGUGAGCAGAUCUCAUAGAUGAUUUGAGGUGAUUUUUAUUUAAUAUUAAAUGCUUUUACUUCAGAACGGUUUUGAGAUACCAUCUUUAUUGCCUGAGUAUGUAUGAUCUUGCUGAUUUGAGGUGACUUUAUAUAUUACUUUUGUGCCUUUAGGCUGCAGUAGGAUGGGAAUAUGAGGGAAAAACUGCUGCACAUGUUUCUCAAAAAGGUUUGUUACUUAAUGUGUUUAUGCGGGUGUCCAUUUUUUUUAUUUUCUUAAAUGAGUUGCUACACUUCAGAAGUUUGUGAACAUAUGAGUUUAACCAACUGCAUCACUUAAGUGGAAGGUGGGUUCCUGGGAUACCCAGGGGCUUCCACUGUGGCCAGCCAGCCCCUAGAUAAAACACUGCCCCCAUGGCUGGCAAAUCCCCACAACCCAGCCAUGAGCCCCCAUUCCAGGCACCUGUCACACUGAUGAAACAGUGGAAGGAAGAAAAAUGGGGGAUGUGAGGAGGGGAAGAUGCGAAAUGAAACCACUCCACAGACCACUGCACAAAUGCUCGACAAAGAACUCACAGAUCCUAGCAGUGUUCAAAACUACCACAUACAUGUACCAUGUGAGCCUGCACUUAUGGGAUUGACUGCUGGAUGCCCGCUAAGCUCAUAGACUGCUUGACUGCUAAGCUCGUGGACCAUUUUACUGCUAAGCUUGCCAACCGCUUGACCGCUAAGCUUGUGGACCGCUUGACAACUAAGCUCAGGUGGUUAACUUAGUUAAAUUACAUUUAACCGAAUUAUAAUUAUAAGACCUUUGGACAUAAAAUGCAGCUUAAAGGUGUUCAAGUACUUACAUCAGAAGUCCAUUAGGAAAAAAAUGCUGAGUCAUGGUAACCUCUUCCCAUCAAGAAUAUACCUGCCAACUCUCAUGCAUUAUGCGUGAGUCUCACGCCAGUGGACUAUUAAAGAAAUUGAUCUUGCGCAUCAAGGAAAAUUUCUCACGCUUGACUCACAAAUCUGGACACAUUGUUCUUUAACACAUGAUGACUUUGUGUCUUUUUUUGUGUUCUAACGAAAUCAAAGCACACUAAAAUUGUGGUCUGUUUAGUAGCUUAGGAAGUGCUCAAAUGUCUUCAGAACAUCUGCAGACAUUAAAUUUUUUGGCACUGUUUGGAAGUCUUUGGAAAUUCGUUGGAAAUCUUCAGAAGGUGCCGAGAUGUUUCCGGAAAUCUCGGUCAUGACAAGGUGAAAAUCUCAGGCAUUGACUCAGAAAAAGUUGGUGCAGUGUAGGUAUGGAGGUUUUAAAACCUCCAAAAAAACCUGUCACCUGCAUGAAUACAGAUGGUGUUAGUAAUGUGCAGACCACAUGACUGUGUGAUCAGAAAAAGACCAUGCCAGGACAAUUUCUUUCCUCGUGCAAUUAUAAACCCUUUGUAAUAAGUUAAAAUUAAUUUUUUAACGUAGUGCUAAAAAAACUAUUAACUUGCAUUAAAGUGUUGACAGCUUUUUUGUCUUCAUUUUGUGUUUUCUGUAGAUUACUCCAAAGGCUUUGGUGGCAAGUAUGGAGUUCAGAAAGACAGGGUUGAUAAGGUGACAUAACAUUAUGUAGAAUUUUUGCACUAUCACAGUCAUUAAAAGAGUAGGUGACAGGAUUUUACAUGCUUCCCCAAAAAAUAAGAAAAGUGUGUGUGCAUCAGUCACAGUGUUAAUCCAUUGAUACUAUACAUUAAAGUGCUUUUGACUAUGUAAUGGAAGAUGGUCAAAAGAAAUUUGACAGAUUACAUGACCGAAAUAUAUUUUUGCAGGCAACAUAUAAAAGGAGCCUGCAAUCCUUUGCACUUCCCUUAAUAAUGAAUGGAAUGCGUAAAACACAAUCUGAUCAUGUGUGUUUGCAUCUCCUAUUGCUGAUACUCUCGUGAUCACGCAGGUUUGACCUUCUGUCACUUAAAAUUUACACAAAGCACCAGCAUUGUGGCAAGAGCAAUCUGCCCUUGAUUAUAAGCCUGAAACUUUCCUGCACUUUCUAACCUUUGGCAGGGUUGUCACUAAGAUUUCAAGUUGCCGGGUAAAUACAACAAGUAGGCGGAGAAUCAAAUGGCUAGGGAUUUCUUUUGGUUCUAUUUUUCUUCUAUUUUCCGAUGAAAGUAGCCGGGGGCUACUCUCUUAGUAGCCGGGGAAAAUCCCCGGCCCCCGGCUCUUAAUGACAACCCUGCUUUGGUCAUUACCACUUUUUAUGGUUAUUAAUAUUAGCAGUGAAGUUGUGCCUGGGAUGGUAAGUUCCCCUUCCUAAAAUGUUUUACUUUAGCUUGUUGAUGUAGGGGAGGAUUGAUAUUUUGGUAUUAAAACAGGAGUCACAUAGGGCUUUUUCCACACACCCCUUCAGUUAUAGUGUUGAAUGGUAUUAUUGUUGCAUGUUGUUAUUAUUUUUUAGGCUGCUGUUGGUUGGGAGUAUGAAGGGAAAACAGAAAAGCACGAAUCACAACUCGGUAUGCACAAUAAGUUAGCGCUUCCUAAGAUUGAUCAUUCCAGUGCAGGGCUCGAAGUUAACUUUUUACUGCACCUGCAAAGUUUUACUAGCAAGAUUUUUUUCCACUAGCAAACUGGUGAGACCACUAGCAAAUUCUUUCCCUUUGUUUGGGAGACAUGGAUGAUUCUAACUCGCAAACGUUUGCUAGUGGAUAUUUUUCUCUCUCACCGAUUAUCAAAGUCACUCGCAUUUUGCAAGUUUGCCACCAUUAAUUUCGAGCCCUGCAGUCAAGUAAAACAAUACAGAUACAAGACAAAACAACACAGACUCACAAACAAGGCAUGGCCUUGUCUUAAUAAAUUUCAAGAACGUAUAAUAAUAUUAAUUUAACCUGCCGACUACAUGUAUUUAUGGCUGCAGUAGAGGUAGAAAAAUUGAUUGCAGCGUGGAAAGUAGCAGGUUUGAUCUUUGGGGCCUGACCUUUACUCAAGAUCCUAAAAUCUUAAAUGAUAGAAGAGGAGAAAGUGUUGGCCUCGCAAUUUCAGAGGUUGGGUGACCACAUAAAUGAUGAUUUCUUCUCUGGUAGGGGAUGUGAAAACACCGUCUUACGGUAUAGUGGUCACCAUUCCUGGCAUGCACUGAAGUAUGUCCGGAAAAAGGUGUAAGGAUGGGUACAUGUUUGUGCAAGAGCAUUAAUGUCUGUAGCAGCAGCUACAUGCUACAUGUUUGUGCAAUGUUUGUAGAAAUAGCUACAUUUUGAACCGUUGUGUUUUUCCUUAAACAGAUUACUCUAAAGGGUUUGGAGGCAAAUAUGGUGUCCAGAAAGAAAGGGUUGAUCAGGUACUUUUGAUGUCCAUGUAUGUGCACUCUUUUGAAACUUGUUAUGCCAAGUGCAUAUUAAUUUAUGACCAGAACAUUUAUUGAUUGAUAAAUAUUUUUGUGCAGGCAGCAGUUGGUUAUGACUAUGAGGGGAAAACAGAAAAACAUGAAUCUCAAAAAGGUAGCUAAAUAGUGCUUUUGCUGUCUGCUAAACUGAGGAUGAUUUGAAGUGAGCAAAGUGACUGAUGUAGCACAUCGUACUUGGAUGUCUUUUUUAUUACUUGAAAUACAGUACUGUAUUAAGCAGAAUAUUAAUUCUGUUUUCUCAAAUAGAUUACUCUAAAGGCUUUGGAGGAAAGUAUGGAGUGCAAAAGGAAAGAGUAGAUCAGGCAUGUUAAGUAUUGUUUGUUUAAUGAUAGUAAUUAUUCAGGGAUAAUUGUCUUCCUAGAGUUUGAAAGAAAGUCAUGACCAAACUUGUCUGAUACUUUAUUGGCAUAUGCAAGUUUCUUGUACUAUUCUUAGUUAUAUAUAGUUUUCAUUUUAUUUUUUGACAGUCUGCAGUUGGAUAUGAUUAUGAAGGCAAGACCGAAGCACAUGCCUCUCAGAAAGGUUGGUAAAUUAUUUUGCUCUCAAUUAAAGUUGGUACUUGUUCAGGUCUAGGCUUAAUUUUUACCCUAUGGUUGCAGUGAAGAACUAAAGAAAAUAAUGAUGAGUUUCUUUUAUUUACAGUUAUCUGCAUAGGCAGUUUGAAUUAACUGUGGGAACCAACCCUUUAUUAAUAUGGGGCAAAAUGUCGGACAUAAUGCCCUAACUGAAAAAUUAAUUUGUCUAAGAGUAAAAUUACAACUCUACAUGCAAUUCAUAUUGUUAUGGUAAGUCAUCUCUCUGCGCAUCAAACUAGGCGCCAACAAAUAGAUCACGCAAUUAGCUUUGUACACGAUGAUUGGCCCUAAACAAAAAACACCCAUUAAGCUAAUGGCUUAAUGACAUUUUUGUGAAGGGCUAAUUUCCUGGUUGUUUGUCUUAUCUGCAUCUGGGAUGGAGAUAGGGAAAUAGUUAAAAUUCCUUGCAGGCUCAAAUCAUGCGAUCAAUGCUUUGUGAUUCAUUGUUUGUUCAGAUAGCAACGCAGGAACAUCGUCAGUCUUUGACUCAAUAAGGUUACAAUGAAAUGAUUAUGUAAAGGACAAAAAAUAAACUUUUAUAUGCUGUAUAGAGAUCGGACUCGUGUGCAUAGUUUUACACUUAAUUUGUUCCAAAAUUGCCCCUUCAGUGAUCUUUGAGCUUGUCUCUGAAACACCCAAGGCGCUCGUCUUGCGAAAAAUGCAAGAGAACUGAAACUAACUUUCAAGUUCAAGUAGUCCAUGUGUUCAAUAAUAACGAUCUAUCAAUUAGCAUUAAGCAUAUGUGGGAUAACUGCUGUUUCUGUUUUUAUGGAUUGUCACCGGCGCUAUUUUUGCAAGUUCACUUUAUGGUUUCUUGAUUGACCUGUUUCAGAAGUUACGUGUACAGUACUGCUGUUACAGUUUGUUUUAGGCAGUUGCUUGAGGGUUCAGUUAUUUUGUUGUAGAUUAUUCGAAAGGUUUUGGUGGCAAGUAUGGUGUGCAAAAGGAUAGACAAGAUGCUGUAAGUAUUGAUAGAGCAUAACAAAAAUCGUAUCCAUGAGUUAACUGUUGCUUUAGUGAAAAUGUGGUUUUCCUCCUCUUGCGAAGGCAAAAUGUUGCUUGAUCAAACCUUGUCCAUUUGAAUUGUCUGUACUUUGAAAAUUGUGAGUUGAAAGCCUGAGGGAAGAGACUACUGGGCGCCUUAUUAGAGCUUGGCUGCUUAAGUAAGGGUUACAAAAACAAAGUCGCACAUAGCAUUUUACCUUAGGAAGCACAUAACCGUGUUCACGUUAUAAACCUGUGACCAGUGAAUACCAUUUGUUGGAAUUUGGAUAUGCUGGGUUUUAUGAAGGAGGGAAACCGGAGCCGGAGACUUCAGUACAAAACUACUGUCUUGAGACACUUAUUCAUGUUGUUCCAUUCAUUUCUACUUAUUUUUUGGUCUUUAGGCUGCUGGUAGUUAUGAUGAGAUGCAAGAAGUGAAGUCAACAUACCACACUGCAAAACCUCGUGCAGGUAAGAUUCGUAGUCCCACUAAAUAUUUAGUGGAACACGAGACAGGUUUAAUCUCGGUUGAAUAUUGUUCAAACAAAUCUGGUCAAGCAGUCUCGACCAGACUUAAAGGGGCUAGGUUACGCUAUUUGCUGUCAUUGUAAAGAAGUCGUAAAACGUGUCUUCUCAUCUAUUGAAUUCUGAAGAUAGUGGUCCAGUUUUGUUGUAUGCCUGCAAACAUUACCCACCCCCCCCCCCCAAAAAAAAAAAAAAAAAAAAUUCUUAUGGUAAAUUUUCCCUGAUAAAAUUAAUUUGAGGACCUCUUCAUACGCUACAGGAGGAUUUUGUGUUUGAAGACGAUAAGGUACCAAGUAAUGACGUCGGCAUAUGACAUAAAACCACAGGUAGCCCAAGCUCGAAAUAUGGGCAUCGGCGAGCAUCGGCAUUGUUGCGUAACAUUCAAAAUAUAAGGAUUUGUAUGGGAAAAAAAAACCUAUCGUUUCUGUAACCUACGAAAAUUAAAGAAUUUCAAUAAAAAACAGCUUACCUUACUUAAAAUAUGUGUUACGUCUCUCCUGUGUGGUCCACGGGCCGAUUUAUGGCCGUUUUAUGGGUUUUUAUGUAAACGGUUUUCUCUCUAUAUAAAGGUUUACCUAAAUUCUUUCAUUUUCGUAGGUUACAGAAACGAUAGGUUUUUUUCCCGUACAAAUCCUUAUAUUUUGAAUGUUACGCAACAAUGCCGAUGCUCGAGGAUGUUCAUAUUUCGAGCUUGGGCUACCUGUGAUAAAACAGUAAUGUCCUCGUGACAUAGCAUAGCCCCUUUAAGUUCCCAAGAAAAAUCAAACCUGUGGCUUCCUAAUUUGUAGUAGUAAGCGGCUUAAAGUGAGUAUUCGGCCUUCCUCAGGUGUUGGGAGUGGGGAGAUUUUAAAAGGUGAAAAGGGGGGAGGAGGAGAGACAGGAAUUGGCAUAUGACAGUUUAUGGUGGUGACAACACAUGCCCGAAAAUGUUGUGAAGGGGCAUUUGUGUUAGGCUUUUCACCCCUUGCACUUUCUGCCCCUCUCCCUAUUUGCCCUUUCUGUUGUGGGGAAAAAGGCAGUUUACUUGUUUUCGGGCAUGUCGUUUUGACCAGUAGCAUUGCGUUUUUUUUACCUUCGGGGAGAGGGAGAGUAAGGUUAGCCUCAUGGAGUUUGUUUUUUGUUUCUGGUUUCCAUCCUUGGCAGGUUCUGGUGCAGCAGGCAAUUUGAAAUCUAAGUUUGAAAACUUGGCAAAGGAACAAGAAGAGGUUAGAUAUUUUUUAGAUGAAAGUUUAUUGAUGCCUACUUUAUUGCGUAGAACAAUGAAAGUUAUGUAACUGUCUUGUGAUUUAAAAAUGUGACACAGGAAAAUAGAAGACGAGCAGAAGACGAGAAGGCAAGGCGACAGGCCAGAGAACAAAGAGAGAAAGAAAUCAAUGAGAAAAGACAUGCAGAAGUAAGUGUAUGCCCAUAUAUAUUUUCUGUUAAAUGGAACGCUCUUUUACUGAGUAAUUUCUAAUUCAGUAGCCGGCGAAAACUAGCGAAAUGGCCUUAGCGGCGAAGAGCGAGGAGAAACAGCUGUUUUUGCAGGAUAGUUACCAGCCGCUGGUCGAGAAAUGAGCCUGCGCUCCUCCCCUGAGGGAGUGGCGGAAUCGAGCCUACGUUUAAUUUGAACGAAGAACAACCAUGGGCAGGUUGUUCAAAGCUGGGUCAAGACAACCGCGGGGUUUUUUGCGAAAUGUGACUCCAGAUAUGAAAGCUUAAAAAGUAAAUUACGUUUAAUUCAUUUUGCUUACAAUUUGAUGCCCUUGAAAGGAUAGAGAAAAUUAUCCGAGAAAAUGCUUGUGAACAAAAGAAAAAUAAACCUGGGUUAAAAUUUAACCCCGGCUUAGUGCUAUUCGGCCUUCGAACAACUGGGCCAUCACAUGUCCUAAAAAUACCUCGUAAAUGCUACAUGUAUGUGCUUUGAUUGAUGCAAAGCUUGCGUUAUAUUGACCUCACAUGAAAUUCUUUAUGCUGCUUACAGACUUCGAACGUGGGCUAUUGAAUCCUUUGAAAUUCAACACAUCUAGCAUUUUGAUUAGUUCUGUAUUGUGCAGAACCUAUCAAGGUUCCCAUAAAUUUUCGGACUGCGUUCAUUACUGUAAGCGUAUGUAAUGACUUUUACAGCAGGAAGCACGUGACAGAGAGGAACGCGAGGAAGAAGCUCGCCGUGAAGCAGAAGAGGAAGCCAGACGACAGGAAGAAGCUGAACAGCAGCAACCACAAGAAGAAGCUGAACCAGAAGAGUUUUAUGAACAAUUAUCUGAAGAACAGGCAACCCAUGAAGAACCUACAGAGUUGUACGAAGAAGUCACUCAAACACAGGACACUCAGGAAGAGCUGGUAAAUAUAUAACACUUAACAACCUGGUCCGGGUUGUUCAAUACAGGGUUAAGGUAGCCCAGAAUUAAUGCAAAAUAUGUAUGCAGAUAUAAAAGCUUAAAAAGCAAAUUCAGAUUCUUUUUAUCAACUAGUAAUACUGUGAAAGGUUUGAACCCAGGGGUCAUAUCAUAAGUAGGUUUAGUUUGAUCGUCCGGGCGAACACAGUCCUGAAUAGGACGGUUGUUGAUGACUUACCGUAUUUAUUCAAAUAAGCGCCCAACAUCGAAUUAGCGCCCACCUCCAAUAACCGCCCAUCCUAAAGGCAGGAAAAGUUAAUAAGCGCCCACCCUACCCCACCUCCCUCCCGACCCCACUCAAACUCAAUAAAGCGCCCACCCCCACCCCACUCACUUCCCCCCGUGUCUGGCAGAUCCUCCAAGUGCUUAUAAACAAUUAUGCGCCAUUUAUAACUUACAUCCGUGCAUAUCGACUUUCGGUCCAUAAUUUCGGUCAAACACAAGAUUUCCUCUUUCAUGGUCUGUGAGUUUUUUUUUGUUUGUUUAAGAGAGUAAAACGAGACAAAGAAAUGAACAUUUCAGUUUUGCUUUCAAACUUUCAAAACUGCUGCUCCAGAGAAUAUCAGUGAACACAUACGAAACGCCUAAGAGUACUGAACUAUGACUGUACAAUGACUGUCACAAAAUCAACCCAAGCGGCCCCUUUGGCGUCACCAGUACCCAGCGAUUCCGCGCGGCGUGUUCAAGCAAAUCGAGAUAUUUUCCUGGCAUACUAACUGCUUAUUUUAACAGUAAGUACUUUCUUUUAUAUACACGCGAGCUACUAGGAUGCCUCCUCGGGGUAUCGGCUUCUGGGCGAAAUUCCUGCAGGGGCAACAAUUUGAUGAUUGGGUUCUCUGACCGGAAUAGAAUUAUACGAGAAAAUGCUUUUGAACAAACGGAAAAGAAAUCAGGAUUAAAAUUUAAAAUGGGUUAGCGCUAAUCGGCCUUCGAACAACCGGGACCUGCUCAAAGACAUAUGCAUGGGUCAACUUCGGCGGUCCUCGUCAACGUUUGGCGGGUAAAGUGCACUCUGACGUCAUAGCCCGUAAAAGGCUUUUUACCGGAAACAGUUUCAUUCUUUGAUGUUAUUUGACCUGACAGUUGACCAAAGAUUCCAGCGAAAACAAAGAUGACUAAGGUCGGAACACAUGCUAACACAUAGACUACGAGCAAAUUUACGCGCGUAUAUGAGGCAAUGUAUGAAAGGCCACGGGUAAACGUGAAAGUUGAGCGAGGUACAUUAUUAACGUGUAGGCGUGACCUUCGAAACAUUGUCUCUAUUUUAUUUACGCGCGUAAAAGUUACUUGCGCACGCACGGAAAAAUUACGCGAUAGUGGAAAUCCACCUUAAGUAGUGACACUGGCGUUCGUCGCUCUUUUUCGCCGUUAAUACUUACUGCCAAAUUCGUUGUAUCGCGCUGCGCGUUUUGCAAGCUUCGAAGGAGUUUUGGGUUUUUUCUGUUCCGUCAAUCGUCCUAGCGGACCUCGUAGGAAACACAUGUUUACUUUAACGAGUUUAAAAGGUCAUGGUUUGUGAUUUGUGAUUGGUGGAUUUCGAUCCGUUUGGUUUAUUUACUGUGUUGCUUGACUUGUGAUCGUCGUGUGUGGGGCUUUAGUCGGCUUUCUGAUCUUUCUUAAUCUUGUCACGUGCGAGAAUAAAGCGAUGUCUGCCUUCUUCCUUCGACAAAAAUUCCACUCACCAUCGCGAUUUCCUUCGCCAUUCUCAGUUUUGUUUUUGCGAGCGUGUUCAAAUAUUGGGAUUUGCAUUAACCCCGCCCCCACUCAAAUGAUUGACGGAAUAGGAAAACCCAAAAUCCCUUCGAAGUUUGCAAAACGCGCAGCGUGCUACAACGAAUUUGGCAGUAAAGCCCCAAUAUCAACAAAUUCUGCAGACUGAUCUCUAUUUCCCUAAAAGUAUUUUCCCUUUGGUGAGCAUUUUAUGAAUUCUCACAACCCUUUCUUUUGAUUAUGUACUGUUGUUGUUAGGAGAAAAUUUAUGUUGGUCACUAUUGGGGCCUAAAGGGUUCAAAGGUCAACUUGUUGUAACUUGUGUUAGGGCCUGUUUAUAUGGAGGUGGAGGACCCCUGGACCCAGUUGUUUAAAUGCUGGAUAGCACUAUCCGAACAAGAAGUGAUUUUGAAAAGCAUUUAACUAUAAAAAAUUGCGAUAAAACGUUUCUUAAAAUCAUUUUAAGAUUAAAAAAUUGCUAAAAAGCGACGACGUUUCGACGUUAGCUGAACGUCAUUAUCAAGUCAAAAUAAGUUAGUGAUUUUUGGUCUAUAAAUACUAAAAAAAAACAACAAUAGCUGAUUUAAUAUUUUCUCACGUUACAAUUUUUUAAUCAGCUAUUGUUUUUUUUUUUUAGUAUUUAUAGACCAAAAAUCACUAACUUAUUUUGACUUGAUAAUGACGUUCAGCUAACGUCGAAACGUCGUCGCUUUUUAGCAAUUUUUAAAUCUUAAAAUGAUUUUAAGAAAUGUUUUAUCGCAAUUUUUUAUAGUUAGAUAGCACUAUCCACCGGGUAAAUCACUAUCUAAUGGAUAAGUGUUAGCGAAAUUAAUUGUGCUAUGCAGUGGAUAUUGAGUUAUCCGGUGGAUAGCGUUAUCCACCCUUUGAACAACUGGGGCCAGGUAGGUGAGGUAACAUGUAGCGGGUCAUUCCGUCUAUCAUGUAAACGCGAUCAAAUUAAAAUGAGAGAUUGAAUGGACUGGCGGGUUACCGCACCCCCAUGUAAACAGGUCUUAAGUUGGAGAAGAAAUGAAAGUCAUUUCACACUUGGUAUUUUACUUGGCAUUUUACAGCGUCACAGAAAAUAUUUAGACUUUUAUAUUCAAAUUUUCGACGUUUUCUUUCUUUUCAGGAGGCAGCUUCACCAGACACUGGAAAGAGGGCGAGAGCAAUUUAUGAUUAUCAAGCAGGUAAAUGGCCAGAGACACACUGGUUCCGUUCAUGACAAACAUAAGUGUUUUAGGGUGUGUAGGUUUAAAUUCUAAUAGGUCAAAGGUGUUGUGAUAUUGAUAGUACUAUCAUCAUUAGUCGAAUAGUUGAACAUUUUCAGAUUUUCAGUUUCUGUGAAGACAAAGUGAUAGCCCAGAAAUUAUUGGAGGAGUUUUGUAAAACCAAAAGCAUUUUGUAAAAAGAGGGGUUCAGAUGAAGGGAAUAAGUAGCUACUGGAAUAAUUCGAGUCGCUUGUGCAAAUUUGCAAGGGACACCAUAGUCAUUCGUACAAGAGAGGUCGGAGAAAAGAUUAAAAGGUAGGCAAAUAUUGCUAUACAUCGCUAAUUUAAUCAUAAGUGUGCGAGCUUUGUUGUUGCUUUAUUAAUCUGCUUGUGUAAACCGUCUUGGUAUUUUGUGUCCGUAAUUGUUGAAUUUUGUUAAUUUGUGUCACGGGCCGUGUUGCGAGAUCGCCAUCUUCUUUACAGGACCCCUAAGGGGAUAAAAAAUUAAUUCCUUUUUUCUCUAAAAUAGGCAACGUCUUAGUCUCCAGAACAGGAGGUUCGAUUCAGAGGUCACACACGUUUAUAUUCUAUAAUUGGUUUCUCUAGUGAUAUCAUAAGGCUACCAAAGAUGAAAAAAGAUUUCUUCACCAUAUUAGCUCUUAGCUGUGUGUUCCCUGAUUAACUCCCCUCAUUUGUACAAAAAUAAUAUUUCAUCUUACUGUGAGUGGACGCCUAUGUGUCGUCUAUAGCUAGUUCAAGAAUUAUUUUCCCUAGUGAUAUCGUAUCUUUGGAGAAAAUAAUUCUUGAACUAGAUGUUGCAUGGGCGUCCACUCACAGUAUGAUAAAAUAUUCUAAUUGCUCAAACAAAGGGUGGCUAUCAGAACGGCGUCCAUUUUGAACUAACUGUAUCACGUGACCAAUCGAUUUUGGUAAUGUAGAUCAAACGCAAGGCAUGAUGGGAUAUUUGCAAAAUCCUCCUUUGCUUCAAUGGAGACAAUUAUAUUCAGUAGUUUAAAAACAUGGCCGUUUUGUCCAUUUUCUCUUUCCGCAGAUGGUGAAGAUGAAAUUUCCUUUGAUCCUGACGACAUCAUUGAAGAUAUUGAUGAAGUGGAUGAGGGAUGGUGGAUGGGGACUUGUCAUGGCCAACGUGGGUUAUUCCCCGCUAAUUAUGUAGAACUGAUAUGAGAAUGAUAUGAUUGAGUAAAACAGUCACCCCGGGGAAGUUCACAAUCCAGGACCAGAGUUAAAACUUUCAUGUGAUUUUGCUUUCGGCCUUAAUAAGGAUCUUGGAGAUAAAACUAAAUGAAAGUUAAUAACUAUGGUUGAUACCUUGAAAAAUGUAGCGAAACAGCUUUCGUAAAUAAACUGCAAAUCAAACUGUUUGAUCUGCAGUGUUCUUUGCAAACAUUGAUCCUUCUUCUCAAAAGACAAAAAGGUAUUAAAUUGAAGUAAAAUAGAAUGCUGGAAGUGCCAGCGCAGGUGACUUAUGUUAAUGAUCACCUUAUAGGUUUUCAUCUUGACACUCAAACGCCCUAGGGGUGCUCGUCGGGAAAUUAGAAUUAGAUCAAACUGGGCGUGGUAGGCCAGGCGUUAUUGGCUUGCAAAGGAGACCAUACUUUAACACAAUAUGACAGCAUUUUACGUAGAUAUUUUUCCAUGCGGCAAGUGAUAACUUUAUGGCAAAAAUACAGGAAUUUCGGUCAGUCCAAAAUCCGGAAAUUCUUCCCUUAAGCGAAACGACGAGCAUUCGGGUCACUAAGGGAAUCCAUGACGUGCCUCUCGGAGUAAAAGGCUACGAACUCUUAAUUUUUGUAAAGGAAGCCCGUCAUCGAUGGUGGAAUAGUUACUAUACCGUAAUAAUUUUAUACAAUAAGGCAGUAUUUCUAUGUAUAAUUCAUGAUGCAACAAUACAUGUGGCUUUCCGCGAAGAACUAUAGUUAGUUUACUUCUCAGUAACUUAUAGUACCGUGUGGCAAUAAAUUUUUGCGGAUGGCGAUUUUUUUUUAAGGGACUUUUUUUUUGGUUUUUCUUGCUGGGAAUUAAUCUGCGAUUUCCAGAUAGUCCCGGACAAAUCAUUGAUUAUAUUUCGUUUUUAUUGAGAACGUGCAAUUGCAAUACAUAUUCUCAAACAAUACUACGGUGUGCGUACGCUAGUAAAACCAGCAAAACAGAUUUCUUUUUGAUAACAAAUACCCCGUAAAAAUUUCGUGCCACACGGUAUAAAACAUUUCUUCUGCAAUUGUGAUAGUAAUUAUGAAAAAUACCCAUCGUCUAUUGGCGAAAUUCUUUUAUAAUGGUUUUAGACAAAUACAAAAGCUCGUUUACAGAUGAAAAAUAUUAACUUGCAUUAACCUCCACUGUGUAAGAGUUAUUAAUGUUUGUAAUAAAAUAAGAGCGUCAGUGA